CCCCAGCACACUGCAGUCACAUGCACCUGCAGGUAGAUAAAAACCUCAAAACAGACACUGUUCGCCAUUCUGCUCAGAAGCCUUUCAGGAGCAUUCAGAAGGUUGAUUCAAGAGUUCAAGCCACUCCUUACCAUGCAGACAUACAGGAGCAGGAUGCAUUUGGUGUGCAGUUUGGGGCUUUUUCUGACCUUGCUGCAUCUUUCCAACUCGCUGCUGCUGGGAGCCUUUAACAUCAAAUCCUUCGGGGACACCAAAGCCUCCAACGCCACUCUGAUGAACAUCAUUACCAAGAUUGUCAAACGCUAUGACGUCAUUCUGAUCCAAGAGGUCAGAGACAGCGAUCUCUCAGCGACCCAAACACUCAUGAAUUAUGUCAACAAAGAUUCUCCUCAGUACAAGUACAUUGUCAGUGAGCCUCUCGGUGCGAGCACCUAUAAAGAGCGAUAUCUCUUCCUGUACAGAGAGGCGUUGGUAUCUGUGGUAAAAAGCUACACCUAUGAUGAUGGCCCGGAGGAAACUGGACAAGACACCUUUAGCAGGGAGCCAUUUGUCGUAAUGUUCUCCUCCAAAAACACUGCUGUGAGAGACUUUACUCUGAUCCCCCAGCACACUUCCCCAGACUUAGCUGUUCGGGAGCUAAAUGCUCUCUAUGACGUGGUGUUAGAUGUCCGCGCUCGCUGGAACACCAAUGACAUUGUGCUGCUGGGUGACUUCAAUGCAGGUUGCAGUUAUGUGUCCGGGUCUGCCUGGCAGCAGAUCCGCAUCUUCACUGACAAGACUUUCCAUUGGCUGAUCACUGAUGCGGCCGACACUACCGUGUCGCAAACUGUCUGCCCUUACGACAGGAUUGUGGUCACAACGGACAUGAUGAGAGGAGUGGUGCAAAACAGUGCCAAGGUGUAUAACUACAUGACGGACUUGAAUCUCAAACAAGAUCUGGCGUUGGCUGUCAGCGACCACUUCCCCGUGGAGGUGAAGCUGAGUUAGGCUCGCGUUGCUUGAACCGUGACUUCCACAAGCUUUCCACACAUCGUGCUCAAUCUGCAGCCAGCACAAUGAUCAUUCAACUGGGGGACUACUGUCAACCACAGCUUCAUGAAAUGCAAAUGCACAAUAAAGCUACUAAAGAAAA